GGUGCGCGCGUCGUUGUUCCGCCGCUCCUCCACUAAACGUUUAAGCGGGAUGGAUCAUCUCUCGUUACGUUUUUAUAGCCUGAACACAAAGCUGUGAUCUGAGUUUCUUGUCAUUUUAUCACCUGACUUGUUUCUUUCUUUCUUUUUUUAAAUUACUUGUUUGUUCUUUGCGCGCAAAAGAUGAGCUCGGAGAAGCCGAACUUUCUCUCCCAGCCCGUGGUGAAGAACGUCUUCAUGUUCCGAAACGGCGACCCGUACUUCGAGGCUCGCCGGAUUGUCAUCAACGAGAAGCGGGUGUGCAACUUUGAGACUUUGCUGCGGGAGGUGACCGGCGGGGUCCACGCUCCGUUCGGCGCCGUGAGGAACAUCUACACCCCGAGGGGAGGUCACCGGGUGGAGCAGCUGGAGAGCCUGCAGAGCGGGGAGCAGUACGUGGCUGCUGGCAAGGAGAGGUUCAAGAAGUUGGAUUACCUACAGAUUGGCACCAGGAGGAAGAGGAUGAGGCAGGCUCAGCCACUGCAGGCCAGACCACUGCCACCAAACAGGAUCAUUGUGUCAGCUCGGUUUCUGAAACCCAUAGGAGAGCCAUGUACAAUAUUUGUGGUAGCGAACGGCGAUACUUUUAACCCAGCAGUAAGACUUCUGAUCCACCAAAGGAUAAUGGGACAGUUCGACAAAAUACUAGAAAUGAUCACAGAGAAGAUGGGUUUGAGGGUCCUGGGAGGCGUUCGAAGUCUGUACACCUAUGAAGGACACCAGGUGACUGAUGGGAACAAGCUGGAGUGUGGGCAGCUUUAUGUGGCAGUGGGAAGAGAGAGAUUCAAGAAGCUUACGUACAGCGACAUUCUUUUCACCAGACCCAAAGGAGCAAGGAUGAUCAAAGGAAUGAAGGCCUACUCUUUACCGCCCAUCUACAGAUUCUCCAAACAAAGCCGAAGCAGCAAGUCUCCGGUUCGGUCCAGUGACAGUGGAGAUGGCGAGUCCAAGGACUCUCCUCCAAACCACAGCGGCAGCAGCAGCAGCAAGGAACAUCUGCCUGCCGCUGUAAGGGAGAUCUCUCAGGCCAGACUGCACUCCGUCAGGACGAGGAGGAGCGGACAGAACAUCACUGCUGCCACACCAGACAACGAUGAGCCAAAGGUUGAUGAUGACAACACAGAUGGUGAACCUUCACAAGAGCAGAAAGCUGAAGAGAACUCUGAUGUUGAUGGUGAACAAAAGGCCACAACAGAAAACGAUGAAAAGACAGACGUGAAAGUGGAAGCCUGUGAAGACUUCUCUGAAGAAAAUGUGUCUGCCUGCCAGGAGUGCAAAGAGGAAAACCAAGACACAAAUGUGGAGAUAGAUGGCGAAGAGAUGAAGGAAGCCGAAGAGCAAAAGGAUGAAAAAGAAAGGGGAGCAACAGCAGAAAAUGAGCAGGACGUUAAGGAAGAAGUAAAAGUGGAGGUCACGGAGGAGAGUAAGGACGAGGUUAACAGUGAGGAGCAGGAAUCUAACAGCAGCAGUGAUAAAGCCCAGGGCAAUAAAGAGAGUGAGGACGAACCCAAUGCAUCCUCUGAGACGGAGAAAGAGCAGGACAAUAAUAAUAAAGAUGAAGAUAAACAAGAGGAAGGCAGUGGUAACAGGGAGGAAGGCAGCAGUGAGCUUGUUAACGAUGCCGAGUCGGGGGAGGAACAAAAAGAGACAGAAAACAGCAGCGGCCAAGAGAAAACUCAGUCAGAUAACGAGAAAAAAGAAAGUGACGAUGGUAGCAGGGGCAACACUAACCAGCAGGACGAUGAGAUAACAACAAAAGAGGAAACUGCAAACGAGCCAGAGACAGCAAAAGAAGAAGAAGAGAGCAAAGUGAACGAAGAGGUGAGGGGGGGCAGUGAUGAGGCGGACAGUGGAGCCGAGCUGGAAAACAAGGACUCAUACAGCUGAACUGAUGCCACCGCAAACUGAAACAUAAAGAACACUUGAAUAGAAAAAAGAGCAGGAUUAGUAAAGAGAAAGUAUGACUUCUUCUUUUAUUUAUUUAUUUUUUUCUCAAGUGAUACGAUCGAAAAAAUAAUGGCCUACAAGAGAUCCUAUAGAACAGUGGGAGUGGGACUUUUCUGGAACAUCAUGUGGAUGUUUGCAUUAAAAGAGACCAUAAUUUAUAUGUUAAAGGUUUAAAAGAUUAAAUAAAAGUUAUAAAUCUUAAUUUUACAUUUUAAAAAUGUGUUACUUCCGGUGCUGCUUUCGUUGUUUCAGUAAAUGUUCUCAGUGAAGCUAGAAAUUCUAAAGACGAUUUUGUACAGUAGCUCAAAAUGUUAUUUUUUGUUAGAUUUUUUGUUUGUUUGUUUUUUCUUUCAUCUGAUCCUUCCUGCAGAGGUUGCCACAGCCCAUACAUUAACUCAAGCUGAUGGAUAUUGUUUUUUGUGCAUAAAAAGGCUGGGCAGAGUCUGGUCUCCUUUGUUUUGUCUGAAUGCAUAAUUACUAAAAAUCAAAAUGAAAACUAAUAUUACAUGCUGUAAGCGCCUACGCUGUAGUCAAACUGUGAAAUACAUAUUUAUUUAUUUUGUUUAUUUGUAUGUAUCUGUCACCAGAAAAUAAAACUUUACAAAU